CCGUGCGCAUGCGCCUGCCGCUCCGGCGCCUUCCGGCAGCUCAGUGGCUGGGGCCGAGCGGGGCGCGGAGCGGCGGCCAUGGAGCGCUGCGGCGAGGCGGCGCUGAGCGCGGUCCCCGCGCCCGACCUCAGGCAAAAUGAGGGUUCAUUAACAUCAACUUUAAGAACACUUCUAUUCUUCACAGCUCUAAUGAUUACUUUACCUGUUGGGCUAUAUUUUUCAUCAAAGGCUUAUAUAUUUGAAGGUACCUUAGGAAUGUCGGACAGAGACAGCUAUUUUUAUGCUGCCAUAGUUGCUGUAGUUACAGUUCAUGUGGUACUUGCUCUCUUUGUAUAUGUAGCGUGGAAUGAGGGUUCUCGACAGUGGCGGGAAGGCAAACAGGACUAGAACGAAGAUCAUCGUCAUCUGAUGCUACAGACUGUAAAUCAAACUUUUGUGAGCUGAAGGAAAAGCGUUCUUCAAAAUGUAUAAUACACAUGUACAAAGACGAGGCUAAUGCCUCAAUUCUGGUUAGAAAAUAGGACUUGUGCUCAUGUUGAAUGUGUUCCAGUGUUUUCUCUAGUGCUGAUGGAAGUUGUUCUUUAGCCAGCCUCUACUCAGUUGAGCUGAGGAGAUCUUCACCUGGAAUUCGAAUGAAAUAAUUACAUAUUUUUGAAAAAAUCCUUAGCUAUUUUUGCCAUUCCUAGUAUUUUUCUGGCUUGCUCUGAAAAUAAUAUUGGCAUGAAGCAAGCAUUACAUAUUCAAGUGAUUAAAUUGCUAGUUAAAAAAGCUACACUACUCUCUAUCCAACUCCAGAGGAAAAGGUGGGAUUUCACUUUGCUGUGGGUAGUUUCUGGAUUUAUGGGUGUCAUGGUUUAACCCCAGCUGGCAACUAAGCCCAACCCAACCGUGCGCUCCCUCCUCCGUGUUGGCAUGGGGGAGAGAGAAUCGAAAGGGUAGAAGUGAGGAAACUCAUGGGUUGAGAUAAAGACAGUUUAAUAGGUAAAGCAAAAGUGGCACACGCAAGAAAAGCAGAACAAGGAAUUCAUUCCCCACCUCCCCUCGGCAGGCAGGGUCAGCCAUCCCCAGGACAUCCAGGCUCUAUCAUGUGUAACGGUGACUUGGGAAGACAAACAUCAUCACUCCGAAUGUCCCCCCCAUCCUUCUUCUUCCCCCAACUUUAUAGGCUGAGCGUGAUGUUGCAUGGCAUGGGAAUAUACCUUCAUCAGUCCUGGCUGUGUCCCCGCUCUCCCAACUCCUUGUGCUCCCCAGCCACUUGCUGGUGGGGUGAGGAGCAAAAAAAGGCCUUGACUCUGUGUAUGCACUGCUCAGCUGUAAUGAAAACAUCCCUGUGUUAUCAGCACUGUUUUCAGCACAAAUCCAAAACAUAGUCCCUUAAUAGCUAUUAGGAAGGAAAUUAACUCUAUUCCAGCCAAAACCAGCACAGUGGGACAGACAUAAAUAAUAUAUCUCUGAGUUUAGAAGUAAUGGCAAAAGCAGAAUUGGUUAGAAACUCAGGUGAUGUCUUUCUAAUGUGAAAUACAAAGAGGGUUUUUUUGUUUUCAAAUAUAAGUUUUUACUCCAGUGUAAAAUCCAAUCUUCAGUUUUCUUGUGGGAGAAUUGUAUUACUGCAUUGCUCAUCUUUCCACCCUUCUACAGUUAAUCUUGAUGAUUCAAAGGAAAUGGCAUAGAGUAUUUUUUUAAGUGUGUUUGCAUUUAUGUAUCUCCUUGAUAAUUGCUAAAAGUUCUAGUCGGGUUUCCUGUGGUAAAGUAACAUCAGUAACAGCUAUAAUCCAGUCUAAUGGCUAGUAGAGGAACGAGCAAGAGAAAACAAGCUGUAGCCAUCUGCAAAUGUCCUUUAUGAAGCAAACAUGAAAGUGAUCACAUGGAAAAUUUGCUUUUCUUCAUAAAUAUUAACUUGUACACUGUGAAAUGAUACAGUAUGUUGAUUGUUUUCUUUUUUCCUUGGUUGUGUGUAGAAGCUUUCUGUAGUCAAACCAUACUGAGAUUUUUGUGUUGUGGGGUAACUUGAAUUUCAUUUCACUGUUCUGCUGCCGUUAGCAAGCUUUUUGUUCUGUAGAUAAAACAUUUUUUCUGAAGGUUCCAGCAGUGCAUAGAACUUUCUUUAUGCUAAUGAUUGCCGUUAAGCUGUUGUGCUUGAAGUUGUUCUGUUAAUUUGAAUUUUCUGGUUUGUUGUAUAAGUUGAGCCUUUUUAGGAAGUCUUUUGCUUAAUAUAGGGCUUGGAAUGGUUUUGGUGCUGCAUUUGUCCUUGGUAAAACUUACCCAUAAAGGAGACAAAAAUUGGUUAUCCAUGUCCAGUGGCUUGAGGAAUGUGUUCCCAGGUCACAUUCCUCUCAUCUCCAUCCAGGUCCCAGGUGUGCACAAGCAUAUACACCAUGUCACACUCAUGCAAAUCAGUUUUUACAUUUUGUUUUUGCAACAUUAACUUCUCUCAUCCAGAAGACCAUUGUCAGGUUGCUGCCAGCAAACUGGAGAACAGUCUCAUAGUACUUGAGAUACAAAUUUAGUUUAUAUGUUGGCAUAUUGGCUCCCUGUUCUCCUGUAUAUGAACUGUACAUUGUGGAACAAAUACUGCUUUUUAAUAAAGAACUACCCUGCAAUGCAAGAUCCAGUAGA